UGGACCUUCAAACAAUCGACCGUCGAAAAACUAUAUAUUAUAAUCAUUAUAUUCGGAUCCAAAAUGUCUGUCCCUAAGAGCCUGGUCGCUGUUCUCGCCGUUCUGGCCUGUGCGGUCUCUGCAGCCCCUACUGCCACUGCUUCUAACCCUGUCGGCAAGACCACUUUUACCAUCGGCAACACCAAUAUCACACAAGGAGCCGGAUGCACCAUGUGGGUUGAAACCGAGCACGGCAGUGGUUGCAGCGAUGUUGUUGUUCUUGACGGAGCCACAAACUGCGACAAAAUCAAUACUGCCAAAUCUGGCCUUGUCUGCAACGGAACUGCAAGCGUGGAUUUCUCCAAGUCUCCCGCCGCGGCCACUUUCGUUACGUGGGAAUACUUGGCAAAUUGCGAUAUUAAGGGCAACGGAUGCACUGCCAUGUAUUAGUUUGUUUCUUUCAACUAAUUUCGGGGCUUCUUAGCCAACUAC